AUGGACAACCUCGUUGUUCCAGGGGCGAGUGGUCAUGCGGAGGAUGAUGAGGAGCAGUUCAUUGGGGGGAGAGGGAGGUCCGCGAGCGAGGUCUUUGGGGUCGGCGAGUACGAUGAGGAUGAGGAUGUCGAGGAUAGGAAGUUCAAGGAUUGA